AUGCACAGCUACAUCAUUUUCUGUUAUUUCACGAACGCAAUCGUUUAUGGUAACUCGUUUAUUACUACCAGAAUUCCUUUGCAAACAGCGGAUAACGGAACUAUUGCCGAGUAUUUCCCAAGGAAUUGUGAUAACGGAGGAUCUGUAUGCGAUUUGCUUAUUGUAUCACACGCAAUGCAUUAUAAUUUUGCUUAUGCUCAAAAGGAAAGUAAAUUUCUCCACUUGUGGAUAAUGUUUAUUGCAAUGAUUGCUGUUGAUUCUUUCCUCACAAUCCUCACUGUUUCCAAUAUGAUCAUUGCAGUUUAUAACCUCGAAAAACAAUAUAAAGGGAUUUUAUUUUUCAUACCAUAUGCAAACGAUGUAUUGAUUUUUCAUCAGCCGUUUCUCUUUGUCGUCUCAAGUACAGUGUCAACUUCGGCAAGUCCGUCUCCAGCAUCUCUGUUCGCUUUCGACUAUCAGAAUGAUUCCACUGGAGGAUCAUCAAUGAAUGCAGUGUCGAAUUGA